AUGGCCGGCAAGAAGGCUUUGAUCGUUGUUGAUAUGCAGAAUGAUUUCUGCCCACCUCACGGCUCACUUGCAGUCUCGGGUGGAAGGGACCUCGUGUCUCUUGUCAACGAAUUGCUCAAUUCAAGCUAUUUCGACACCAAGGUGACGACUCAAGACUGGCAUCCCGCUAACCAUGUCUCCUUCGCCAGUAAUCACCCACCUCCCAACAACAAGCCCUUUGAAUCAUUCAUUGACGUGCGUAACCUUGUUGGCAACAAGCCUGAGGAGACAAUGAAGCAGAACCUGUGGCCAGUCCAUUGUCAAGCUGACAGUGACGGAGCGAGGCUGGUCGAUGGCCUCGAGGUCGAUAAAGUCGACAUCUCCAUAAGAAAGGGUAUGGAUCACCGGGUUGAGAUGUACUCGGCGUUCGCGGAUUCGUUCGGUAACCUGGCGGCUGGCGAAGGAGGUGUGACCGAGGAUUUAGCCCACAGCCUGAAGAGUCGAGGCGUAACAGAUGUCUUUGUGGUUGGCCUAGCCGGAGAUUAUUGUGUGAAGUACACAGCAAUCGACGCGGUAAAGGCAGGAUUUGCGGCUACCCUCCUCGAAGAUGUCCAGCGCUGUGUGAAUCCUUCGACCUGGGAAGACGUGAAGAAGGAGCUCCAAACUGCAAAGGUUCAACUGGGCAGCAUGGCCGACCUUCCAAUUUGA